GCGGGGACUCACUGUCAGUGUAGUAUAGUUCCAAGAAAGACAAUUGGCAACAGGUGAAUUAUAAUUUUAGUGUGAAUUCUACAAUAAGUGACAAACAUGGAUAAAAUUGGAAUAUAUUUGUUCUAAGUGGUGACAACCAUGAUUUUAUCAUCAACAUGCUUGUAGGUGCAAUGUUGCUUGAUUGUGAGAUCAUUUAUUCUGGAAGGGGAGAUGGUUCUAGGAUUGUCUGCUGUAAUUUUGCUUCAUGUGUUUUUUGAGAAUUUAGUUGGGUAUUUGUGUUGUGGUUUAUAAAAUACAAGGAAAUUAAUGUAAAAGCGCCAGAUUGCAUUGAUUUGUAGAGUGUAAAUUCAUGUGCUCAUAAAUGGUUUAAACUUUUAUAAUGCUUGCUUGGGUAUGACUUGUGAAUUUCAAGUUUGUAAAAUCCAGAUGUGGAGACAACUUCUCCAAAUGCCCUUAGUGUAUUAAGGAAGAAGACAUGCAACCAACUUUGUACCACUGGAGAAACUAUGUUAAAUGUUAAGGUGAAUUAAACUCACCUCCCCUGAGGUUUAGAUAAAAUACAAUUAGUCCCAUACUUUUGAUACAAUUACAUUGACCUCCCUUAAGGGGCUAAUUGUAUUUUUCUCAAACUUCAAGUGAGGUGAGUGUAAUUUACCCUCAAUGUUAUGGAGAACCUAGCUACUGUUAUAGUCCGACAACUUUUUUGGGAACAAAAUUUUGAAGGUUAUUUUCUGCUGGCAAAAAAGGAAAAAUAUUCAAUCUGUGUGAGUGUCACAUAAAUAUAGUGAAGUCACAUCUGGCAUGAUAAAUCAAUGGGCAUUAAUUGAAAAUAUUUUUUUCCUUUUGAUAUUAAUUUGGCUGAUGUUAUUGGCUGGAGCAUAAUCGAAAUCGAUCGAUUUUUUGGGGGGGUGGAUGAACCUGUGGCUCAUAUGAAGAAUAGGCUUUUGAUGAUUUUGUAUAGUUGGGUUUCGGAAAGUGUCUAGGGAUUUGUUUUCGUUUGUGGACUUUAUAGAUACUCUUCAUGUUUAGGGUGGAUUUUUUGUGUUGAUUCUUUUCCUCUGCAUUUGUUAGCAUCAUCUUGAUGCUUUUCGAUUGAUAAUAUUGUAUUUUAUUUAUCCCCAAAAAAAUGGUUGGCUGAUGUUAUGUGUAGUUUGUUUUACGCUGUAAUAUAUUGUUGAGAAAUCUUCUUCUAGUUAGAUUGGGGGAAGAAUUUAUGUCUCAAGCUAUUGUUCUUUCUCCCAUUUACAUCCCGUGAAAUUUUCGUCUCUAUGAGAAGAAUCUGAAUGAGCUUUGGAGGUUUACAAUUUUUUGCCUACGUAGUGAUCUGGCUAGACUACCCAGCAAAAAUGUCAUCUUCAAGCAUUGGAGGUGGAGAAGGACAAAUGUUGAGGUUCAUAAGCAAGAAAUGUCGUUGUGGAAGAAAAAUAGCCAUUAGAAUCGUGGAGUCCGAGAAGCCUUCAAAAGGUAGGUUGUACUAUGUUUGUGAAAAUGCGGGUUUGGGUAGUUGUGAUUUCUGGUCUUGGUGCAACCCAGUUGGAUAUGCUACCAUUUAUGGAAGAGAUGAGAUUGAUGAUGAGAAGCCAAGAGUUGAGGAAGGUGUGCAGUUUAAUGCAAGACUGAUGAAGCUGGAGAUGAAGAUGGAGGCACUAACCAUGAUUAUGAAGACAUCUAUGGUGGUUUUGCUUGUGUGUUUCAUUUUCACCAUGUUAAUGUUCAGUAUGAAAUGAAUUUGUAAGAAUUUGUAAGGUGCUUUAUGUACUUGAUGUAUGUUUGAAAGCAAUGAAAUUAU